UCUGAAAACAGUCUGGACACCAGCAGCACCAUGGAGCACAUGUCCUCUCCAGUCAGGUUUCGUAGUAAUAAAAAAGGUAUGUUUAUUUUACUAAACACUCCUAAUCAUCUGCUUCAGGAUAAUUAAUGAUAGUUUCAGCCAAUAGAAAUGCAUCUUAACCUCUCAGCCUUUACUUUUCCAUGUAAGCUCCUACUUUUAAGUUAAUUAGCUAUUUUACAUCCUGUUGUCCUUUUAUUUUCUCAUUUUCUAAAGAUUUUUGUAUCAAAGUAAGUUUAUACAUUUUUCGCUCUCUUAUGCAUUGGUUUUGGGUUUCUGUUUUCAAAUAGGACUAAACGAUCUUAUGUUUCCUUUUAGAAUGUUUAUUUUGCAAUUUUUUUCUGAACCUGCAGCAUUUACAGAAAACCAGGUAGGACAAUUCCAAGAAACCUUUUAAUCAUAGUGUUUUUAUAGUUUGUAUUUGUGUUAGGAGUUAAGUCUUCUACCCUCUUUCCCCGCCCCUGAUAGAGCAUUAAGAGCUAGGUUAAGCCUACUGCAAAGCUUUCUGGGUAAUGAGAUUUGACAAGCACUGCCAGAUGAGCCCUUGUCUGGGCUGUGCUGCUCUGUUGUCUUUAGACCAGGUUUAUUAUGUGUAUCUACUGCGAAUCCAGCGGAGAUUGGACCUUCCUCGAUGCUUAUAGAAAAAACUAUUUCUUAAAUAGUGAAAAAAUUAACUUUUAAAAUUAGCCUCAGUUAAAAAUGCACUCUAGGUUUGAGUGAGUGAAUUAAUCCCACUGACCCUCAGCUUCAUGCUGGUUUUUGUCUCCAUCCUGACUGGACAGAUGGAUGAGUUCCUUUGUAAUGUUCUAAUAGGAUCACAGGUUGGAGCUAAUCAGUUAAGAAAGAGUGUAGUCAAACACUGCAAGUGAAGAAACUCAGAAGAGCUUCUUCUCUUACCAUCUCAGCAGCCUUAAUCUCUUUGUUUUCAGUCCUGCAGGGAUGAGCAACCCCCCCAUAAAUAAAGAAAUAAAUAAAAUUCCUUGUGAGUCAACUAAAAACCCAAACAACAAUCUGGAUUCCUUAUCCAUUUAGUGAAAUGUCGAUUUUAAGGUUUUCAUGCACUUGUUAGAUUUCUGGUAACUAGAAGAACCUACGAACCCUAUCAUUGACAGCUUUGCUAUUUCUGCUACAUUCCAACAUUACAGAGAGAAAGGAAAGGGUAGAGACGAUACAGGAAUAACAGGACAAGUAAAUGGUAUUGAUUUGACACCAGGGUGGAGAAACCAAUUUGUCCAGCCUGUCCAUCGAGGACCAGGAGGACGUUCAGUUUCCUUAUGCUAUGAGGGAUCUACCUCCCAUCAGUCAGUCUGCUGAACACUUUCAAAGGCUGGGCCUGCACGAAGAAGAGGAGACUCCAACAGAAUCCAAUGGAAGGCUGAAGAGCUCUUCCGGGACGUCGUCUCUACCCUGUUCCAUCUAUUUCCCCCCCACUGGUUCUCCAACAGUCCCUCCCAGACGAAAUCAUGCAGGAUUAGACCCACAGUUUCUGCCUUUGAGGAAACAGAUCGUCUCACAGGUAUCUCUGGAGUCUCCGCUCAGCCCAGCCUCUCUGCCUCGAAGUCCAUGGGGGCGUCCUGACCCUUAUGACUCUCCAGAGGAUCAGGACAAAGAAUAUGUGGGUUUUGCUACGUUACCCAACCAGGUUCACAGAAAAACAGUGAAGAAAGGUUUCACGUUCACUGUCAUGGUGGCUGGAGAGUCUGGCCUUGGUAAGUCCACAUUGAUCAACAGUUUGUUCCUCACUGACCUCUACAAAGAGAGAAAGGUUCCUAAUGCUGAAGAACGAAUCGGUCAAACAGUCGACAUCGUCAAACACAUGAUUGGCAUCGAGGAGAAAGGAAUCAAACUGAGGCUCACCAUCAUUGACACUCCAGGGUUUGGAGAUGCUGUCAAUAACAUAAAAAGCUGGAAGCACAUAGAGGACUACAUUGACCAACAGUUUGAGCAGUUUUUCAGAGACGAGAGCGGGCUUAACAGAAAGAACAUCCAGGACAACAGAGUCCACUGUCUUCUGUACUUCGUCUCUCCGUUUGGUCACGGUCUCCGACCACUAGAUGUGGAGUGCAUGAAGGCCUUGCAUGAAAAAGUCAACAUAAUUCCUCUUUUGGCCAAAGCUGACAGCCUGACACAAGCAGAGAUCCUCAAAAAGAAGAUGAAGAUCAGAGAGGACAUCAGACAGUUCGGGGUUAACAUCUACCAGUUUCCAGACUGUGAUUCAGAUGAAGAUGAAGAAUUAAAGACACAGGAACAGUUUCUCAAGGACAGCAUACCGUUCGCUGUAAUCGGGAGUAACAUACAGGUGGAAAGCAAAGGCCGAAAGUUCAGGGGUCGUUCUUAUCCUUGGGGUGUGGUAGAAGUGGAGAACCCGGUGCACUCCGACUUCCUGCUGCUGAGGAACAUGCUGGUGAGGACGCACAUGCAGGAUCUUAAGGAUGUGACGCGAGAAAUCCACUAUGAAAACUACAGAGCCCAGUGCAUCCAGAACAUGACGCGCAUGAUGGUGCUGGAGAGGAAACGCAGUUUGCGGGAGAAGUAUCGAGAGGGGUAUGAGGCAGACUUUCCUCUACCGCUUGCAGUCGUUGACACCGAGAAGGAGAGGCAGAUCUUUGAGAAAGAUGAAGAGCUGAGGAAGAUGCAGGAGGUGCUGGAGAGGAUUCAAGAGCAGAUACAGCAGGGUCAAUGAGACAGCUGCUGAAAACAAUCAAAAAGCCUGCAAUCCCAACAAAAUACACAGAAACAUUUGGCCUGAUCAAUGCAAGCAUCAGCAACUGACCGCAUUAAAAUCAAGAGAGCUGAUCGGUUGAAGCAAACUCUUCAAUUUCUUUUGCCAAUCAAAGAAACUUCACAUUCCUCAUUGUGACAGAAACUGAUCCAGAUGUUCAAGAAUUUCUCUCAACAUCUACUUUAACCGAUUCACUUCAAAUGGGCUUUUCCUGCUAUUUUGAAGUGUUUCUCUGUCAGUUUUUUUAAUGAUUACAAUAUUACUUGUUGCAGCUCAAUUCCUGAAAACCUUCAAGCACAGCCAGGAUCAAGUGCAUCAUUUCAGUUUUGCAUUGCAGGUUUUUAUACAGAAUUCUACAGUUAUUUCCUAAUGUAAAUAUCACCAACAUCUACAAAAGGAAGUAUUGUUGGUACUUUUUGUGGUCAAAUCCACCAGGAAUUUAACAUUUCUUGCCAAGAUUGUGAAUAAGAAUUUUUGGCGAUUUGAGCUUUUUAAAGAUAUUUUACGCUAUUUCUCUAAUAGGGAAGACUGUCCAGGAAGUAAAACAAUGCAAAAUGUCUGAAUGGUUUAAUAGAUUGUGUUCUUUAUUUGUGACAAUUUAACACCGUCUAGUGGUAUUGAUGUUGGUGCUGUAUGUGAGUUAAUUUGUCUUUUUGUAAUUUAUCUCAGUAAAGUUGUUGUUUGUUUUGUUAAAGAAAUAAUAGAUUGUUUUUAAAACUUUAAACUAGA